AUGAGGAAUGACACAGAAGAGCUGAAGGAGUUCCUCCUGCUGGGAAUACCUCAGACAGAGGGACUGGAGCCUGUGCUCUUUGUCAUCUUCUCAACCAUUUACCUCUUCACCCUGCUUGGCAAUUUACUCAUCCUUGUAGCAAUUACUUCCUCCUCUACCCUUCGCACCCCCAUGUACUUCUUCUUGGGACUCCUGUCUAUUUUGGACAUGUUGUUCCCAUCUGUCACCUGUCCCAAGAUGCUCUUCUAUCUCUCUGGCCGGAGCCACGCCAUUUCCUACGAGGGGUGUGCUGCGCAGCUCUUCUUCUAUCAUUUCCUGGGUUCUACCGAAGGCUGCCUCUAUUCUGUGAUGGCUUAUGAUCGCUUUGUUGCCAUCUGUCACCCACUCAGGUAUAUGCUCAUCAUGAGACCUGGAGUCUGUGUCGGUUUGGUCAUGGCAGUCUGGUUGGUGGGCUGUCUUCAGGCCACCAUUCUGACAUCCUUUACCUUUCAGUUACCCUACUGUGGCCCCAAUCAGGUGGCCUACUUCUUCUGUGACAUUCCUGCUGUCUUACCCCUGGCUUGUGCUGACAGCUCCCUGGUCCAGAGAGUAGGUUCCACUAACGUUGGCUUUCUGGCUUUAAUGCUUUGGUUCAGCGUUUGUGCCUUCUACACACGCAUUGGCAUUGCCAUUUUGAGAAUCCGCUCAGCAGAGGGUAAGCAGAAAGCGUUCUCUACCUGCAGCGCCCACCUCACUGCAAUCCUCUGUGCCUAUGGGCCUGUAAUCAUCAUCUAUCUGCAGCCCACCCCCAGUGCCUUGCUGGGUACCAUAGUGCAAAUAUUGAAUAAUAUUGUUUCACCCAUGCUGAACUCCUUAAUCUAUUCCCUACGGAACAAGGAAGUGAAAAGCUCCCUGAAAAGGGUUUUCCUUAAGGUAACAGUUACAUUAGAUGUUAAAUGA